UAGCUGAAACAUUAAAGCCCUCUUGACGCUUUCUGGUAUAUUAGCCACGGUGUUUGGACACAUUUAUGUCAUCUAGUUCGUUGUCACAAUUAAUGUAAUAUUUACGUUGUUGUUUUUGGUCAGCUAGCUGGCUGGUUAAGUUAGCACUAGCAUAGCUAGCUAACAUCUCCGACCAUGAGGUCACUAAACUACUCUUCUGUUAAAGAAGUGAAAGAGGAGGAGGAAGAGGAGGCUGUUACAGUGAAACAAGAAGAGGAAGACGUUUCAGUGAAAGAAGAGGAAGACGCGUUCAGAGUGAAAGAGGAGGAGGAUGUUAGUGUAAAAGAAGAGGAAGAAGAGAAAGAGGAGGAUGAUGUUAGUGUAAAAGAAGAGGAAGAAGAGAUGGACAUUUCAGUGAAAGAAGAGGAAGAAGCGUUCCGAGUGAAAAUGGAGGAGGAUGUUAAGGUGGAGGAGGAAGAGAAAGAGGAGGAUACCGUUUUUGUAAUGAAGGAGGAAGGAGAGAUAACUGUCAUAUUGGAGGAGGAAGAGGAGAUUGGAGAACUGAUUAACACCAGAGAGACGCGUGACAACCGUGGAUCCUCUGGGGAGCCUCAACAACAACAUCAUGAUGCUGACGAGGCAGAGGAGAGUCUCUCCGCAUCAGCACACCUCAAGAAACACCAGCAGAGACCCAAAACGAAAACUCACUGCUGCUCUGACUGUGGGAAAGGUUACAAAUAUUCAUCAGCUCUUAAAAAACACCAGAGGUUCCACACCGGAGAGAAAGUAUACCACUGCUCAGACUGUGGGAGGAGGUUUACUUCCUCAGUCGGAAUGCAAUUACACCAGAGAACCCACACUGGAGAGAAACCGUACCACUGCUCAGAUUGCGGGAUGGGUUUUACUACCUCAUGUAGACUGAUAUCACAUCAGAGAAUCCACACUGGAGAGAAACCAUACAUCUGCUCUGACUGUGGGAUGAGUUUUACAACCUCAGGUGGAAUGAUAUCACACCAGAGAGUACACACUGAGAAGACUUUUGCUGCCCGGACAGCCCUGGCUACUCACAAACGAAUCCACACUAGGGAGAAACCAUUUCACUGCUCCGACUGUGGAAUGAGCUAUAUUACCUUCAGCGGCCUGAAAACACACCAGUCUAAACAUACCGGAGAGAAACCGUAUAGCUGUGAUGUAUGUGGGGAUAGUUUUUCUCUCUCCACAACCCUAUCUAUUCAUAAACGAAUACACACAGGUGAGAAACCUUACCACUGCCUUGACUGUGGAAUUAGCUUUUCUGCCUCAAGUGGCCUGAGAAGACACCAGAGAAAACAUACAGGAGAGAAGCCUUAUAGCUGUGAUCAGUGUGGGAAGGGUUUUCUUCGAUCAGACUCCCUGGCAAAACACAAGGCAAGAGCCACAGAGUGUAGAAUGAUCUCCAACACCAGACCUGGGUAGUAGAACAGAGAGUGUAGAAUGAUCUCCAAUACUAGACCUGGGUAGUAGAACAGAGUGUGGAAUGAUCUAUUUGUGAUAACUUUUGAUGUGGUAGUGUGUGAGUGUGUGUGUGUUCAACUUGUAUUUAAAAAUCCUACCACUUUUGAUUGAUCUAAUGUCAAAUGAUCACAAUUUUAAUUUUGUAAAUGGUGGAACAUUUAUAGAAAAUGUUAUAGAUGGAGCAUCAGGACAAUACAUGUGAUGUUUUGGUGUAGUUGGAGACCCUAGAAGUUUUCACAUUCCAGAUAUUGCUGCAUAUAAACAGAAAAAUGUAUUUUUUAAUAUCAUGUAGCCUCGACUCCAGGUUUCAUUGACGUUGCUCUCCAAAAGCCUGAGCAAGUUCAUUUUGGAAAAGUAGGUAUGAAAGCAUCCUGAUUACCUGUGGCUGCUGGCUGAUUGGCUGAUUGGCUGAUUGGCUGAUUGGCUGAGAGUAUACUCCAUUUUUCCAAAUCAACCAUCAUUUCCAUCCCUCUUCAGAAACAGAGUAAGCUAAGAAAACUCAUUUCAGUCUUCUAUAAACCCUGGGACCCUGACCCUCGGACCCUAACCCUGGAACUCUGACCCUGGGACUCUAACCCUGGGACCCUGAACCCUUUCGCUGGGACCCUAACCUUGGGACCCUAACCCCUUUCCCUGACCCUGGGACUCUGACCCUGGGACCCUAACCCCUUUCCCUGGGACUCUGACCCUGGAACCCUGAUCCUGGGACCCUAACCCUGGAAACCCUGACCCUGGGACCCUAACCCCUUUCCCUGGGUAAACUUGGAACAUUGUUAUACACGUAAGUAAAUAAAGGAGUGGAUGAGAGACUGGGUUUGUAUGUCAGAGGUUAAUGGUUCUCUGUAGAAAGACAGAUGCUAGCCUAGCUGAGUAAUGGCUGUGGAAUGUGUUGGAUGGACUGGAGGAGAUCACAGGAUUGCUAUAGGGUAAGCGGAUGGACAUCUGUGGAUUAGGCGAAAGAGGGGUUGAGGUCAGGAGGUCAGGUCAGAUCCCCUGAAGGGGAUAAGAUGUAAGGAUUGGAGAGGAGUGUCCCAAGUGGUGUGUAUAUACUGGUGAUGGUGGAAACAUGUUGUUGUCUGAAUUACAGCUGUAACGACCCUUUGGGAAGAAUUAAAUUUGCUUAAGCUUC